AUGUUUAGCCUACCAAAACUGAACAUCAGUAAAGCAACACGGGCUAUGACCAUGGCGUGGUAUUGUUCUGGAUCCACCAACACCGAGUUGAUUGAGAACCUAUUCAAGGCUGGACUGAUCCAGAACGAGCGUGUGAAAGAUGCCAUGAUUGGAGUUGAUCGAGCACAUUAUGCUCCGUCACGGCCGUAUUCGGACUCACCUCAGCCCAUUGGAUAUGGAGCUACCAUAUCAGCACCACACAUGCAUGGCCAUGCCUGUGAGUAUCUGAUUAAUCAUCUCAAACCAGGUGCUCGGGUGUUGGAUAUUGGAUCUGGCUCAGGAUACUUGACCCAUGUCCUUGCCAAUCUGGUGACCGACUCCAAUGCCCAGGGACAGGUGAUUGGCAUUGACCAUAUCUCCGAGCUGACAGACUUGGCUCGCUCCAACAUGGAUAAGUCCAAGAAAGGGAGUGAAUUCCAAGCAUCCAAAACUGUCAAGUUUAUCACAGGUGAUGGACGCCUUGGAUGGAAAGAAGGUGCACCCUACGACGCCAUCCAUGUUGGCGCCGCAGCCGAUCAGCUUCACCCAACCCUCGUGGACCAACUGCGUGCUCCUGGGAGACUUUUCAUCCCGGUGGAAUCGGAAGACGACGAGGGUGCUGGUAACCUCAACGGGGGUCAAUAUAUCUGGGUGGUGGAUAAAAAGGAAGAUGGAUCCAUUCACAAGGAGAAAGUCUUCCAAGUGAGCUACGUGCCCCUGACCGAUGCUCCACGACGAUGA